AGAUGCUGACAAGUCUUUUUGCAGUGGGAGCAGUUUCAUCUGACACAGUUGAACACCAGGAUGGGCCCCUGUGCCCACCAUGCCCAUGACCCCACCGGUGCAGAGCAGGGCUGACCCCUCACAGCCAGUGGGCAGAGGGUCUGCUCCUCAUGGAAGAUGUAGUGAGCCCCAACUAGGGCUCCAGUCAUGGAGCUGAAGGAGAGACUCCCAGAAAAGGAAAACCAAUGGAGCAGUGAGAGGGGUGUUGGAAAGCGGCUUUGAUUUUUCUCAGGAUGUUGUGCCCUAAAUUUUCACUGUUAUUUCCUCCUUGAACAGGGCCCCACAUCUAGAGGCAACGAAUGUCCAACAGCAGCUCCCUCACCCACUUUCUCCUCCUGGCAUUCGCAGACAGGCGGGAGCUGCAGCUCCUGCACUUCUGGCUCUUCCUGGGCAUCUGCCUGGCUGCCCUCCUGGCCAACGGCCUCAUCCUCAGCACCGUAGCCUGCGACCACCACCUGCACACCCCCAUGGGCUUCUUCCUGCUCAACCUCUCCCUCACAGACCUGGGCUGCAUCUGCACCACUGUCCCCAAAGCCAUGCACAAUUCCCUCUGGGGCGCCACAACCAUCUCCUACACGGGAUGUGCUGCACAGCUCUUUUUCUUUACCUUUUUUAUGUCAGCAGAGCUUUCCCUCCUCACCAUCAUGUGCUACGACCGCUACGUUGCCAUCUGCAAACCCCUGCACUACGGGACCCUCCUGGGCAGCAGAGCCUGUGCCCACAUGGCAGCAGCUGCCUGGGCCACUGUGUUUGUCUAUUCUCUGCUGCACACAGCCAAUACAUUUUCCCUGCCCCUGUGCCAGGGCAAUGCCCUGGGCCAGUUCUUCUGUGAGAUCCCACACAUCCUCAAGCUCUCCUGCUCACUCUCCAACCUCAGGGAAGUUUGGCUUCUUGUGGUUAGUUGCUGUUUAGGGUUUGGUUGUUUUGUUUUCAUUGUUUUCUCCUAUGUGCAGAUCUUCAGGGCUGUGCUGAGGAUCCCCUCGGAGCAGGGACGGCACAAAGCCUUUUCCACGUGCCUCCCUCACCUGGCUGUGGUCUCCCUGUUCCUCAGCACUGGCAUGUUUUCCCACCUGAAGCCCCCCUCUAUCUCCUCCCCAUCCCUGGAUCUGGCCCUGUCAGUUCUGUACUCGGUGGUGCCUCCAGCACUGAACCCCCUCAUCUACAGCCUCAGGAACCAGGAGCUCAAGGACUCUUUGAGGAAAAUGAUGGCUGAAUUUAGAG